UGUUUCUUAUGGGACCGCCCUCCCCCCUUAUCUCUCGCGUAAUAACAGCAAUCAUCAGUGGCAGAAGCUGGGAUAGCUGGAGACGAAGCUAAUGGGGAUCCAGAAGGAGAAGCGUUUAAAAUGGUUUGGUUUACUAGUAAUUAUUACUGUUUUUUUCCUAAUUGGAUUUUUAAUAGGAUGGUUUGCAAGGCCCAAGGCAUCCAAUUAUGAAGGACCUUCUCAGAGAUUCCUGAAGGAGUUUCUCAGUGAAAUGAAAGCUGAAAACAUCAAGCAGUUCCUCAGGAAAUUCACACAGCUUCCUCACCUGGCAGGUACAGUUCAAAACCUUCGCCUGGCAGAAGAGAUUCGGGAUGAUUGGCUGCAGUUUGGCCUGGAUUCAGUGGAGAUUGUCCCCUUUGAUGUCCUCCUGUCCUAUCCCAAUGAAACCCGUCCAAACUACAUUGCAAUCAUUGACAACCUAGGAAACGAGGUUUUCAAUACCUCUCUAUCAGAGCCUGUUCCUGAAGGGUAUGAAAAUAUUUCCAAUAUUGUGCCCCCCUACAGUGCAUACUCUGCACAAGGUCAACCUGAGGGAGAACUAGUUUAUGUGAACUAUGGCCGGACGGAGGACUUUUUUAAAUUGGAACGCGAAAUGGGGAUUAAUUGUUCUGAGAAAAUUGUUAUUGCAAGAUACGGAAAGAUCUUCAGAGGCAAUAAGGUGAAGAAUGCUAUUCUUGCCGGUGCAAAGGGUAUCAUCCUGUUCUCAGACCCAGCAGAUUACUGUGCUCCAGGGGUAGAUGUUUACCCCAAUGGGUGGAAUCUCCCAGGGGGUGGAGCUCAGCGAGGGAAUGUGUUAAACCUCAAUGGAGCAGGAGACCCCUUAACCCCAGGGUACCCAGCCAAAGAAUAUACUUACAGAUACAGUAUAGAUAAAGCAGUGGGUCUUCCUAAAAUCCCUGUUCACCCCAUUGGAUACCAUGAUGCUGUGCAUUUACUCAGGAAUAUGGGUGGAGAAGUUCCCCCUAACAGCUGGAAGGGAGCCCUCAAUGUUUCCUACAGAAUUGGACCUGGUUUUGCUGGAGAGUUUGCCACACAAAAAGUGAAAAUGAACAUCUUCACAAACAAUAAGGUCACAAGAAUAUACAAUGUCAUUGGGAAAAUCCGUGGAGCAAUGGAGCCAGACAGGUAUGUCAUCCUGGGAGGUCACCGUGACGCGUGGGUCUUUGGAGGAAUUGAUCCAACUACUGGAGCAGCAGCUGUCCAUGAAACUGUAAGAAGUGCAGGGAUGCUUGUCAAAAAAGGGUGGAGACCCAGAAGAUCAAUAAUUUUUGCAAGCUGGGAUGCUGAAGAAUUUGGAUUGCUAGGCUCCACAGAGUGGGCUGAGGAAAAUGCAAAACUUUUGCAGGAAAGAGGAGUGGCUUACAUUAAUGCUGAUUCUGCCAUAGAAGGUAAUUACACACUGAGGGUUGAUUGCACACCAUCAUUGCACACUCUCGUAUAUGACCUGACCAAACAGAUUGCUAGUCCCGAUGAGGAAUAUCAGGGCAAAUCUCUCUAUGAGAGCUGGCAUAAAAAAGAUAACUGGACAGAGGACCGAGAUGCACCAAGGAUUAGCAAGCUUGGUUCUGGCAGUGACUUUGAAGCGUAUUUUAUAAGACUUGGAGUUGCUUCAGGGCGGGCAAGAUACACUAAAAACAGAAAAACCGAGAAGUACAGCAGUUACCCUGUGUACCACAGUGUCUAUGAAACAUUUGAACUGGUGAAGAGGUUUUAUGAUCCUUCCUUUAAGAAGCUGCUUGCUGUGGCACAGGUCCGAGGAGGCCUUGUCUUUAAGCUGGCUGAUUCCCCGGUUCUUCCGAUGGACUGCAAAGAGUAUGCAGAAGCCUUGUGGAAAUAUACCAACAGCAUAUGUCAGCUGGCUUUGAAACACCAGGCUGAACUGUUCAAAUACAAGGUUUCAUUCGGUCCUCUUUUUUCUGCAGUUGAAAACUUCACAAGAGCUGCAACAGAUUUCCAUGAGCGUCUCAAGGUCCUGGACAUGACCAAUCCUCUUGAAAUCCGGAUAGUAAACGAUCAAUUUAUGUAUCUGGAAAGAGCAUUUGUGGAUCCUCUUGGAUUGCCAGGAAGGCCAUUUUACAGGCACAUUAUAUUUGCUCCAAGUGCCCAUAAUAAAUAUGCAGGGGAGUCAUUCCCAGGAAUCUACGAUGCUAUGUUUGAUAUCGAAAAUGCUAAAGAUCCACCCAGUGCCUGGGAAGAGGUCAAACGGCAAAUCAGCAUUGCAGCCUUCACAGUACAUGCUGCAGCAAUGACUCUUAAUCCUGCAGCCUGAGAGGACCAUAAUGCAAACGGAAGUACAGCAUUCAGUCAAGAGUACUGUUGUUUUCAGUUUUCAAUAUUCUCCCUGUGACAUCACAGAUGCAGAAACCUUUUCACCAGCAAGUGAUAGAAAAAAUAAAAUUUUAUUUUAUUGCUGUAACUGGGUCAUCACAUGAUUGUGAUUUAAAUAGUAUUUUUUAAUGGAAAUACGUAACUUUAACCUGCAUUAUGACCGACGUUCCUUAAGUAUUUUUAGGAUUUUUUAUAUACUGUAUGUAAUUCUUGUACUUGGAGUGGUUUGGGACACCAGAUGGGUUUUGGGAUCUCUUGCCAAAGACAAUCACUGGGUCAGCACCCCACUGUGAAUAUUAAGGUUGAUUUCAUACUAUGACCUUUUCAUUCCAUCCAGCUGUACAAAAAUGCACCAGCAAGUACUUAACUGGCCUACUGUCCCACUGAGAGGAAGAUUAAGGUUGCAAUGGUCCGUCACCAUAGAAGACAUUGGGCUUGUUGAGGGGUUUAAGGAUUUUCCUUGCUUUACCUAGAUCCUUUUUUAGCCAUAUUCACAAUCAUAUGCUUUAAAUGACUUUAGACAUACAAGUAUGAAACAUUUUUGCAUUUACAUUUAAAAUUUCCUAUAAUUAAUUUUUCAAACAGUAAAUUUAUUUUAUACAGAGUAUUUCAAUAUUUCAAAUUAUAAUCUAAUAUUUACACCUACAUCUUCUCUUUCCAAAACCUUUCUUGGGAGAUAAUUUAAUGUUUAAAAACAAAUAUCCUUUCUACCCAAAACAGUAUACAUGCAGGCACUCGUGUUUAAUACUUAAAGUGAUGAUGCAGACAGAAAACUGCAUAUCACAGCCACGAUCUCAAAGCCAUUACAUUACAAAGCCAAAAAAACCUGUGAAACAGACUAAAUGAGAAAUUCAUAAACAGAUUUGGCAAGAUAUGCUGAACCAUACAGAAAAAAACUAAACUCUUAAUAGUGACACGUCUCUGAGCCCCUUGUUAAUUAGACCACUCUGAGGUUUUUAUUCUCCACUAUUGACAGAUUACUAUCACCUCAUUUUCUCCACCUCUGCUCCACUUUUCUCUUCUGUAUUUUUGUUUUACACUAUAAAGGUCUCCAAACACUUUUGGUGUUCAUCAACAUUGAAAUAAAUUCUUGUAAAUCCUU